AAGCUGCCCGGCCCCGACCCCCCCUCCCCCCCAGCCCCUCAGCUCUCGGUAGACCCUCUCCUCCCCUCCCGAUCCUCCCCGCCCGGAACUUCUCCAUCCCCCGACAGAACCCUUUGUUCCCUCCCGAGCCGCCCCCUCCGCCCUCAGCAGCCCCGCACCCCAUGGAUGCAGAGCCUGGCCUGGCAUGGACAGGGAGACGCGCGUGUUCGCCGAGAGCCAUUUCCGAGGCCUCCGGGGGCGUCUCCCCAGCAAGGUCUGCCCGACCCCGGACCGCGUGGACUUUAUCGAGAAGCCCGACUCCUUUUCCUACACGGACUUUUUCAAGAGGUACCUGCUCCCCAACGUGCCCUGUGUUUUCUCCAGCGCCUUCACCGAGGACUGGGGCAGCAGGAAGCACUGGGUGACGCCCAGUGGGAAGCCCGACUUCGAUUAUCUGCUUCAGAAUUACGGAGAUGUAGUUGUACCUGUGGCAAACUGCGGGGUCCAGGAAUACAACUCGAACCCUAAAGAACACAUGCCCCUCAAAGAUUACAUCAGCUACUGGAAAGAGUUCAUCCAGAGAGACCACUCCUCUCCUCGGGACUGCCUCUACCUCAAAGACUGGCACCUGUGCAGGUACUCCUCUGCCGAGGGCUUAUUCACCUUGCCCGUCUACUUCUCCUCCGACUGGCUCAACGAGUACUGGGACACCCUGGACGUGGACGACUACCGUUUCAUCUACAUGGGGCCCGCUGGCACCUGGUCGCCGUUCCAUGCUGACAUUUUCCGCUCCUUCAGCUGGUCUGUCAACAUCUGCGGAAGGAAAAAGUGGUUCUUCUUCCCACCAGGGCAAGAAGAAGCCCUGCGGGAUUGCCACGGUGGCCUACCCUACGAUGUGACCGCCCCUGAAUUCCUGGAUAGCCACCUGCAUCCUGUGCUAGAGGUCACGCAGGAGGCAGGCGAGAUGGUGUUUGUGCCCAGCGGGUGGCACCACCAAGUCCACAAUCUGGAGGACACCAUCUCCAUCAACCAUAACUGGGUCAAUGGCUGUAACCUGGCCAACAUGUGGCAUUUCCUGCAGCAGGAGCUGUGUGCCGUGCAGCAAGAAGUCAGCGAGUGGAGGGACACCAUGCCAGACUGGCACCACCACUGCCAGGUCAUCAUGAAGUCCUGCUCUGGAAUUAAUUUUGAAGAAUUUUACCAAUUCCUCAAGGUCAUUGCUGAAAGGAGGCUCCUCCUAGUGAAGAAGACAGGCCCUGGUGAACUGCAGUGCAGUGAGGACUCUGGGCUGGGCCUCCAGCACACCAUUUUUGACAUCAGCCGGAUUGCUGAGGUGCUGGCAUCUGUGGUGGUCAACCCCGACUUCCAGAGAGUGGACACCAGCAGGUUUUUGCCGCAACCAGAGGACCUCCUACAGCAGCUGCAGGAGGCCCUGGCCACCACAGAGCCUCUUUAGUGUGUGCCAUGAGCGUUAGUUGGCAGCCUGACAAGGACCCUCAAGGCCCUGCGCCAGGGUCCCUUUCAGAAAUAAAGCUCCAUCCUCUGUGGGCUGGGA